AUGUCUUUAAUAAGAUUAACAGGUUUACGAUCAUUUCAAACGAUAUUUAUUCGCACUGCUAAAACAACUGUACAAAGCGGUGGUAAAACAUCGAAAACAGAGAAAACUACUGAUGAAAAAUUUCUGAAUGAGGCGCCAACUGAAAAUGAAGAUCAAGAAGAUGAUACACCGGUAUCAACAGGCCGUGAACGAUCAUUAAAUCGUGUUCAAUUGAUCGGUCGAGUUGGAGCCGAUCCAAAAGUUGGUGGAACUGAACGACAUAAAGUAGUGACAUUUAAUUUAGCAACAAAUGAAUAUGCUGGAACAAAUACCGUCAAUGGAGAAAUUAAACAACGUGUUGAUUGGCAUCGUAUUGCAGUAUUUCAACCGCGUCUAUUAGAUAAUGCGGAAAAAUAUGUACGUCAAGGUGAUAGAAUCUAUGUUCAAGGUCGUCUUCAUCAUAAUAUGAUUAAAGAUAAAUUAACUGGUCAAGAUCGUUACGUGUCAAAAGAAACAACAACAAACAUACCAAUAGCUGAAACAGCUAAAAAUAUACCCGUAGAUCGAAUUGAUAGUCCGUAUAGAAUUAAUAUUGAAGAAAGUCGAUCAACACUAAAAGAUGGCGUUGAUAUUCGUGUUCAUACGCAAAUUCUUUGUCAACUACGUGUUUACUGGUUUGUAACUAUUCAAAAUUUCUAUUCCGAAUUGGACUCAUCAGAUUUUCGAUUAUCUCUAUUGGAAAAUCGAUUUUUAAAAAAUCAUUCUGCACAUGAAGAAAUAUUUAGUUUCGAAACUUGUGGUGAUUAUGUUCAGCGUGUAAAAUUUCCUGGUGCAGAAAAUUAUUUAAUACAAAAUAAUCAAACACGUCGAAAAUAUCCUCUAGUUAUUAUUGUUCAUAGUUUCGCCAGUGAUGAUAGACAAGAAUUUUUUCGAUUGCCAAUACAAGUAGCUGCAUUACAUGUAAAAUCAUCAACGCCAAAUGAUCCGCCAACUAAAUUCAUAAUGAAACUUUCGAAAUUAGCUAGCGGACAAUCACUUGUUUUACAAGAUAUAUUUAUCCCGGGUGCAGGGAUAUCUGAUGACGCAUGUGCUAUUUGUUUAACGGAACGAGCAAAUCAUGUUUUACUACCGUGUAAACAUGCUUGUAUAUGUCAAAAUUGUUUUUCUCUUAUUGACAAAUGUCCUAUAUGCCAGAGAUUUGUUUUAUCAUAUUUUAAAAUAUGA